AUGAUCCAACCAGGUAUGUUCUCCCGCCCCGAUGGCUCCAACAUCGCAGAGAUCGACACGAAGGAGUUUGUCCACUGGGUGACGGUAGACUUCAGCAAAUUUGGCGGACGAACUAGGCCCAAUAGCGGCGAGAGCAUGAUGCGUCUGAUGGCUGAGCAGUGCAGAUCUGGAGUAGCCACUAUUACAUCCGUGCCUCAGCAUCAUAUUCGGCCAUGCUGUCUCUCAUUGCCCGUCGUCGGAAAUGCCGAGCUCGUACAUGUUCAUAUUCUGUGGCGUGCAGCUGAGCUUGCUGAUUGGCAUUGGGAGGAGAUUAUGGCCGGUAAGGAGACGCUUGAUACUAAGCGCGUUCUAGGCGAUGCUCCACGGUUGUCUCGUAAAAGGGUGAAUGGGGCUUAA